UCGAGCCCUCUUUCGGAUGCACACGCAUAUGUAUACAAGAUGUUAUACACCACUACAAGUAUACGUAUAUGUGCACAUUAUACAUACAUACCACAUCACAAGUUAUCAGAGAAUGUUGUAAUAGAGAGAUCCUAAUUGCCUUGAGACCACCGCAUAAAAGAGACAUUUCCUCUUCAUCCACUUCCCUCAACGCACAAAUUUGCAGACUUUCCGAGAAGAAAAACAAAAGUUUAAUAACUAAAAAUAAAAAGAGAAUUUUCACCGUCAAUUCUCUAUAGGAAAACAUCGUCCGAUCAUUCUUUUCAUAUCCCUCUUUCUUCAUUGCUCUGAUCAGACAUCAAAAACAAACAAAGAGAAACCACUUGGGGCUGUCUGUAAAAUUCCAGAGAUCAUAAGCUUCAGGACCUGUAGUUGAAUCUGUGUUCCGAAAUGGAUGCUACAACUAGUGGAACUCAAUCUUUACAUUGUCAUAACUUACCGGAGCAACCAGUUUCCUCUGCUGCUUCUCCUCCCGUGACUCCAUUUCAGAGGCAGAAACGCCAAUGCUUUGGAGACUCAACUCCUGGAGAGUUUCCUUUAGCAGCUAACCCUUCCAUUGUCCUUCAUGUUCUCACUGAAUGUAGAUUGGAUCCUCGUGACCUCGCAAAUCUUGAGGCAACAUGCUCCUUCUUUAGCCAGCCAGCACACUUUGCACCGGACUGUAGCUUAUCCUUACCUGAGCUCGCUGCUCUCGACAUGUGUAAUAAAAGGAUGAUUUUCAAACCGAUGAGUGAACAAGAACGUGAAGAAAUGAAACGUAGAUGCGGAGGUUCAUGGAAACUAGUCCUUAGGUAUUUGCUGGCUGGUGAAGCGUGUUGUCGAAGAGAGCAAUCUCAAGCCAUUGCUGGUCCUGGUCACAGCAUUGCCGUCACAUCAAAGGGACAAGUCUAUACCUUUGGUCACAAUAACUCUGGUCAGCUAGGACAUGGCCAUACCGAUGAAGAAGCUCGUAUACUGCCCGUCAGGUCAAUGUUGGGAAUCAGAAUUAUCCAAGCAGCAGCUGGUGCUGGUCGGACAAUGCUGAUAAGCGACAAUGGGAGUGUUUACGCGUGUGGGAAAGAUUUGUUUGGUGAAGCAGAGUAUGGAGGGCAAGGAGGGUCUAGACAGGUUACAACUCCUCAGCUUGUGACAUCUUUAAAGAACAUAUUUGUUGUGCAAGCGGCGAUAGGGAACUUCUUUACUGCUGUUCUGUCGCGAGAAGGGAAGGUUUAUACAUUCUCUUGGGGCAACGAUGGUAGACUUGGUCAUCAAACCGAGGCUAAUGAUGUCGAGCCACGUCCUUUGUUAGGACCGUUAGAGAAUGUACCCGUUGUGCAGAUUGCUGCUGGUUAUUGCUACCUUCUUGCCUUGGCUUGUCAACCAAAUGGCAUGUCGGUUUAUUCGGUUGGUUGCGGUUUGGGAGGCAAACUUGGUCACGGGUCAAAAACCGAUGAGAAGUAUCCUCGGGUUAUCAAGCAGUUUCAGCUACUGAACUUUCAACCUAGGGUAGUUGCAGCGGGUGCUUGGCAUGCCGCGGUUGUAGGUCAAGAUGGAAGAGUGUGUACUUGGGGUUGGGGAAGAUACGGUUGCUUAGGACACGGUAACGAGGAGGGUGAGUCAGUUCCUAAGGUCGUUGAAGGGCUAAGCCAUGUCAAGGCGGUUCAUGUAGCAACAGGAGACUACACUACUUUUGUGGUCUCGGAAGAUGGUGAUGUUUACUCUUUUGGUUGUGGUGAAUCUGCUAGUCUGGGUCACCAUACAGCCGUUUUUGAACAGCGUGAUCGGCAAGCUAAUGUGUUGAGUCCAGCGGUAGUAACAUCGCUGAAACAAGUGAAAGAGCGGGUGGUUCAGAUUAGUUUAACGAACUCGAUAUACUGGAACGCACAUACGUUUGCUCUCACGGAAUCAGGGAAGGUAUUUGCGUUUGGUGCGGGAGAUAAGGGUCAGCUUGGAGCAGAGCUUGGUCGUGACCAAACAGAGAGGUGUGCACCUGAAAGAGUAAAUAUCGAUCUCAGUUAGCGGUUGCAUGGUUUGACGCCAGGAAAACGCAAGGAAAUUGCGUUUUUAACUUUGUUAUGUUGAUAAGACUUCGGAAGUUUGUUACAAAGG